AGAAACUAAUUCGCUCUCCGGCCGGUCGAGUAGUAUGGUAUGGUUGCGCGUGUAUUGUGCUGCCAGCUUUAGUUGAGAGACGGCUACUGUGACUGACCGGUCGGCACUGUUUUGGGGGGAAUUGUAUUGUACCCAAAAUAAAAUUAUCCGAAGCACGGGGGAGCUUUGAGAUCCUCUGUACCCCCAGUUAGAUGAAGAGGAGGCCGGCUUGCGCAAGAUGUGGACCAUAAAGCUUCUGCGUUUCAAUCAGGUUCCUUCCGACUUCCACGAGCCCUUCAUCAUAUCAGGGUACCGCUCGUGCCGUAGCAGCGUCGCAUCUUGCCUAGUCAGCGCCAUCCAGGGAUCCAACGAGACCAUCAACUUCUGGACCCAUUUCAUCCCCGCUAUGUGGUUUGGCUGGACCACACUGCGUCAGGUGACCGAUGGGACAGUCAUCGGGGAUCCUUUCUCCUGGCCUCUCAUCUGCUUCCUCCUCUCGUCCUUCCUGUACCUGAUUGCCAGCUCCAUGGCGCACCUGUUCAACUGCAUCUCCUUGCCUGCGCGAUACGUCACUUUCUUCUUUGACUACGGAGCCAUCAGCAUCUACAGUUUUGGAUGCAGCAUAGCUUACUACGCAUACGUUUUUCCCCCGGAGCUUCUCCUCACCGUAUUCCACCAGGUAUAUCUUGUGGUGGCCAUGUGUGCUGCAGUGAUGUGCACAUUCCUCGCCUGUUAUAGCCGCUUCUCUUCCAACCACUUCAUGUAUCAUUCGGGACGCUUACCAGCAUUUAUGAUCCCCUACAUAUGGUGCAGUCUUCCUCUGUUUUACCGAUUACUCUUCUGCACUGAACCCAAUCCCGAUUCCAACGCUGCACUCUUUCACGUCCGACACAUCCUUGGAGCCGUCGCAACCGCUUUCGUCUACGCAAGCCGCUUCCCGGAGGUUCUGGCCCCCGGGACCUUCGAUUUCAUCGGGCAAAGCCACCAGCUGUUCCACAUCGGAGGCGUGUUCGCGACGUAUACGCAGUAUCGCGCCUUUUCGCUCGACAUGUCCGAACGUCGCCAGUUCCUGGUUGAGGCAGUUGGGCUUCCGACGGUGGGGAAUACUCAGAGAGCUUUUCUGGUGGUUUUGACGUUGAACCUCCUAAUCAUCUGGGCCUACUCUCAUUGGGUAUCGCAACCAAAGUCACUGGAUAUGGUAAGGCAGCGGUUAGAGAAAGAGAAAAAGGGGCGUGGUUGCAGUUGUGAUUAACAAGGUAUUUCUUAACUCGACUCCUUUUUUUUUUCUGAAAUAUGAGAUGGUGUAUUGGCUGAAAUAUCUCUUGAGAUUCUUGUGUUUUAUGUGUUUUCGGUGUAUUUACCUUCUCAGGUCAGAUGUCCAUUAUUUAAAAAAAAAUUAUAUUUCGUAUCUGUGUGAGUGUUUAUAUGUAUUCAUCCAUAUGUAGGGUAUUUCCGGGGAAAAAAAGCAAGUUUGUGAAUGUAUGUAUGGUUGGUCUCUGUCAGGGAAUUAUUUUAGGACCAUCCAUGUUUUUCAAUCCUUUGCAAACAAAUAUCCUACUACAUACGUUAUUCAUGCACUAACUAUUUAUGGAAGGGAAAGAUGAGGCAGGAUUUCUUGGCAAUUUUGAUGACCGAAAUACAUGAAGGUCAUGGGCAGGCGCGGAUCCAGCUGGAUACAAUAAAAAAUGAAAUCGGAAAAAUAAAUACAAUUUUAGGGGUCAUAUUAAGCACAAUAGUCAGUCUUUCACAACUAUUAUGUCUAAUCUAGCCGCAUCCCCGCCUCCUGGUUAUGGGUACAGGUCUCGUGUGCUGUGAGGACAACAUCAUUGUCAAAUGACAGCCCUGUGAAUCGCAGGAUCAACAGGGUAUUAUUAUGACUAUCAUUGAUUAUAUUGAUUAAGACACUGUGUAAAUGAAUACACUUUACAGGAUAUUUUGUGAUGGCCUGCCUGAAAAUUUUUUAAUGGUAUGUCCCAUAAUCUCAUACCAAUGCAUUGUGGAUAUCUUGCCAAAAACUGACCUGUUUGACAUAUAUGCAAAAAUAAUGGAAUUAAUUGUGAUUGAAUUAUCUGCUGAAUCUGAUUUUUAUUUGAAUUCCUGGAAAAGUUACUAAUUGUCGCGUAUAGGAAGCAUGAAAUUCAUUCAGCAUUUUUACAGAUCUUCAUGACACAUUGGUAUACGCCGCAUCCUACCAGGAGAGCAUUGUAUCAACACGUCAACUUUUCCUUGGAUUUGAUUGGCUGAAAAACACAGGUGUCUGAACUGUCGGAUAACAUGGACUUUGUUGAAUAAAACAUCAGAUCCUGUUUCAUAAAGAUUUGUUGUAUGCACAAUUUGUAUAACAAAUUUACUAUCAGCCAAUCAGAUUGAAGGAUUUCGGUAGCUUAUAACACUACAUUUAAUUGCAAAUUUGUUGUUUUAUAACGCGUUUUAUGAAAUUGCCCCUUGACCUUUCAAGAAACACUCUCCAGGUGUCCAUCAGAUGUUUGUGUAGUGGCAUAUCAACUCCAAAUGACUUCAGUGCUUUCCUGAGAUUUGAACUCUUUACCUUGUGAUGCAAGUGUCGUUACAAGACUACCACAUCUCAGAUUCAGGGAAUGUUUUGUUUGUUUUUUACAAACUUUGUGCAACCUAAAACUCUAUUCUUUUCACCUUUCAAUGCUGCCUCGUGAUGUCAUAAGCCUUGCUUGCAGCUGGUUUGCAAAGUGCUUCCUUGUCAUAUUUCUUUGAUGAGCAAAGAUUUUUUUAUUUUUUUUACCGAGGAGUUUCUUUCCAUUUCCAAUUUCUUAUUUCUACCCAGUGAUCAUUGUAAUUUGUUCCUCAUGGUCUUCCAAGAUACUCCUGUAUUUCUCGGUUUGUUUGAUUUGAUACAAACAUUUAUAAUGCUUUGUAUUUGUAAGCAUACUCGGGGUUCCCAGCCCAUCAGAGAAAAUUAUUUUUCAUUUUUCAGUCAGGGAAAAAAUCAGGGAAUUUGAUAAAAGAUACCGCAAAUCAGGGAAAAAUGCUUCCAAUGAGGGAAAAAUCAGGGAAUUUUGAUCGGCCCAAAAGUCAAAAGCGUGCAUGGUAGUCAUUUAGACUGUUAUAUUUAGUUGCAUAUCAAAACAACAUCCAUUAAAUGACUGGUUAUGGUGGUUAUGGGGUAUGGUAGAAGGCUGUGUAUGGGGAGAAGGAAGGCCAUUACAUGCCUGUGUAAUAGUACUAAUUAGUUUUACAUUAUUGUUUUCAUUUUGAAAAUACAUGUAAUUCACUGCAACAACUUAGAAAACAUGCAAAACUGGGAGUGGGUUUAAAUAAUUAUCAGGGAAUUUUUAAACUUCAUCAGGGAAAAAUCAGGGAAUAUUGUUUUCUUGAAAAGCUGGGAACGCUGAUACUUAUGACUGUGUUUACACCCUAAACACACGAUUCCAUGAAAUCAUAUGUCAUUUUAUAAUGUAUAUUUUGUGAUGCCUUAUCACUUCAUGAAAUAACAAUUUGAUAGUAAUAUCUUUCUUUCUUUCGUUUUUUUUCUUCAAAUAUUUCUUUUCAUUUGCCUUCAGUCACUUAUUUUGCUGCAUUAACUAUGCAUCAGAUGUUCCUGUACUAUAUUUUUGCAUUUUUGUAUUUUUUUAAUUGGAUAAUGUGUGUGGGGAUGGGGUCGUGCGGGAAGUGGUGUGUGUGUGAGUGUGUGUGUGUGGUUACUGCAUUAUAGUCUUAUAUACUGCCAUAUUCUUGAGGGUUAUCAGCAAAUAUUAGAAAAGAGUAUAUUAGAAAAGAGUAUCCAAAAGUUAGUUUAGUGAAUAGAGGUUACAAUGCCUUCAUCCCAAUGAAUAAUCAUAGUUGUUAAAUGAUUGAAGAAGAAUAAUAUUAAUGGUUAUUAUUAAUAACGAUAUUACUCUACUUGCCUGAUGUAAGAGGGCUUAGUCCAAAGAAAUUUAAGGCUGAUAUACAUGUAUGUGUCCAAAGAUUUCAUAUUAGAAAUACUGGUAUCUUGGCUUUAAAAUGAAUUUAAUUGUAACAACAAUAAUGUCAUGUUUUUAAUUGCUAUGUUUAUCUUGGUAAGAAUGUGUAAUUGGGGGAAUGUUCCGCAAAGGAUGCAAUAUUCGUAGAGGAAAAAAUUUGAACAGAACACUUAAAUGGUCCAAAGUUCAACACACUUUAGCUAGCUUUGGAAAUG